CCUCCAUGCCGUCGUUCCACGCCUCCCGCCUGGCCGGGAGCAUUAUAACAUAUUGAAAGACGAAGGUGUAAUUAACAUUGAUGAUGUGCACGAAAAUCAAUUCCCGUUAUGGUUCAAGGAGCGCAUUAGGCAAUUGCGUAAUUCAGUCCCCGAUGAGGUGUCCGAUGAUCUUUACGCACUAGCAUGUGGACCUGACCUGUGGGUUGCAUCAUAUACUGGGUGCAUUAUGAAUGGAACUACGUUCCACACAAAGCAACGUGAAGAACAUCGUCUUACACAAAACAGUGGUGUGCUUGUUCCUGGAGAUCAUCAAGGUAGGCCUAUUGACUUCUACGAAGUAGUAAUGGACAUCAUCGAGCUCAACUAUCUAGGAUGGCAUCAUGUAUAUUUGUUCAAAUGUGAUUGGUUUGAUGUAUGUGAUAUGAGAAGAGGAGUUCAUGUUGGCAAUCACUUUACAAGUCUCGACUCAACUCGCAAAUGUUACAAGGACGACCCUUUUGUACUUGCAUGCCAAGCAUCCCAAGUCUUUUAUCUGAAAGAUACGAGUUUAGGGAGAAAUUGGCUAGUAGUACAGAAGGUCACUAGUAGGAAUGUUUAUGACAUCCCCAGCACAACAGUUGGGGAUGACGAUGAUGAUGAAUUGCCUAAGGAUGAAGCAUACCAGGAUGAAGAAUAUUCUCCACCAGCUCAUUUUGUACAUCAAGAUGAUACAUGCGUUGAUAUGCCUUUGCAUCGAUUAGAUAUAGACCCCAUUGUACUUGAUGAGACAGUUAUGUUACACCACCCCGAUCCAAGAGUUGAUGAGGAUGAGUUUCUUAGUAACGAGUCACCCUCGGAUGAGAGUGGCUCAUAUUGUGACAAUACAUCAGAGUCAAGCGAAGAGGAUGGAGAUGAUGAUCAUGAAACUGACUCUAAUGAUUAAUGCAUCGAGUGCCUUGAUAUAUAUUGGAGAAAUUGGUGGGGAAAGUACAAUGACAGAGCAUAGUGCAACUAGUAGGCAUAUUUUUGUGGAAAGUUGCAAAUUAUUGAAUCUGAGAUUUUAGUUGUAACUAAUAAAGAGUUUGACUUUGAAAAUUUGUAUAUUAAUGCAGUCUUGAACUUUGUCAAGGAUGAAUUUAUUUCUGCAUGGAUCUUGUAAUACCAAGCAUUUUGCCAAACUAUACAUGUAACUGCCUUUUCUAUUAAUAUGAGAUACUCAUGGACGAUUGAUGAUCAAAUCAAUCGGUGAUGAUUUGUUUGUA